AUCCCCAGCCCGAUUCCAGUCUCUUUUUAAGUUAUCAGGCCUCUUCUGCCAUGUGCCCCUGCCACCCUGAACUGUACCACAGAAGGGCCGCACAGUCAUGGACUGAAUCCUCUGAAACCAUGAGCCUAUGGUUGGAGAUGAUGAUGAGAUUAGAAGCAGAGGCAUCUGAAGUUUUGUCACAGAGCACAUCAUCUGUUAAACGGUGCCGCCUUAGAAAGGUGCUGACCAUUAUAAUGGGAUGAUCUACACACUUACAGGAGAGGCAGAGCAAGAUAUCGGAUUCACUAUGAAGGAAGCUGUGUCACAGCCUCAGAGCUGCCAGUAAAUACAACAGUGUGUGCAUGUUCCUCUUGCUACAACAAAAAUAUUCUCUUCUUGUAUCAGGAAACCACCUACCAAGGAGGCAUGUAGGCCCAGAGCCCCAUCUAGGAGGCCUGGACCUGGGUACAGUUUACAGCAACGUUGACCAGCAGCUGAAUGAAACUCUGAGACACCGCAGACAUGUGGGAGAAGACGACUACAACAUCGAAGUGCUGCUGGGAGUGGAUGACUCUGUGGUCCGGUUCCAUGGCAAAGAGCACGUCCAAAACUACCUCCUCACCCUGAUGAACAUCGUGAAUGAAAUUUACCAUGAUGAGUCCCUCGGAGUGCAUAUAAAUGUGGUCCUGGUCCGAAUGAUAAUGCUGGGUUAUGCAAAGUCCAUCAGCCUCAUAGAAAGGGGAAACCCAUCCCGGAGCUUGGAGAAUGUCUGUCGCUGGGCUUGCCAACAACAAAAAUCUGAUCCUAACCACUCUGAACAUCAUGAUCAUGCAAUUUUCUUAACCAGACAAGACUUUGGACCUGCUGGAAUGCAAGGAUAUGCUCCAGUCACGGGCAUGUGUCAUCCAGUGAGAAGCUGCACCCUGAAUCACGAGGAUGGUUUUUCAUCUGCUUUUGUAGUAGCCCAUGAAACUGGCCAUGUGCUGGGCAUGGAGCACGACGGGCAAGGCAACCGGUGUGGUGAGGAGACUGCGAUGGGCAGUGUCAUGGCGCCCUUGGUGCAAGCCGCCUUCCACCGCUACCACUGGUCCCACUGCAGUGGCCAGGAGCUGAGGAGAUACAUCCAUUCCUAUGACUGUCUGCUUGAUGACCCUUUUGAACAUGAUUGGCCUAAACUCCCAGAACUUCCUGGAAUAAAUUAUUCUAUGGAUGAGCAAUGUCGUUUUGAUUUUGGUGUUGGUUACAAAAUGUGCACUGCGUUCCGCACCUUUGACCCAUGCAAACAGCUGUGGUGCAGUCAUCCUGACAACCCCUACUUCUGUAAGACUAAGAAGGGGCCCCCUCUCGAUGGCACUGAAUGUGCUCCUGGGAAAUGGUGCUACAAAGGACACUGCAUGUGGAAGAAUGCUAACCAGCAGAAACAGGAUGGCAACUGGGGCUCCUGGACCAAGUUUGGCUCCUGCUCACGGACGUGUGGAACUGGGGUCCGGUUCAGGACGCGCCAGUGCGACAGCCCGACGCCCAUCAAUGGUGGUCAGGACUGUACAGGCGUUAACUUUGAGUACCAGCUCUGUAAUACGGAAGAGUGCCAGAAACACUUCGAGGACUUCAGAGCACAGCAGUGCCAGCAGCGGAACUCUCACUUUGAGUUCCAGGGCACCAAACAUCACUGGUUGCCGCAUGAGCACCCUGACCCCAAGAAGAGAUGCCACCUGUACUGCCAGUCCCGGGAGACGGGGCACGCGGCGUACAUGAAGCAGCUGGUGCACGAUGGUACCCGCUGCUCCUACAAGGACCCCUACAGCAUCUGCGUGCGCGGCGAGUGCGUGAAAGUGGGCUGUGAUAAAGAACUUGGCUCCAACAAGGUUGAGGACAAAUGUGGUGUCUGUGGAGGAGACAACUCUCACUGUCGAACUGUAAAGGGGAUAUUUACCAGGACUCCCAGGAAGCUUGGGAAACAUUUAAGCAAGAGGUGCCAUAAAGAAUUCGAGUUGCUGGAAAAUGAAAUCUGGAAGACAAGAGGCGCAUUCACUUUACCCAGAGGAGCUCGUAAUGUUUCUCUUGGUGAAACAAGAGAAGCUAAAAAUGUACUGGGGUACCUUAAGAUGUUUGAUAUCCCCCCUGGGGCUAGACAUGUGUUAAUCCAAGAAGACGAGGCCUCUCCUCACAUUCUUGCUAUCAAGAACCAGGCUACAGGCCACUACAUUUUAAAUGGCAAAAGGGAGGAAGCCAAGUCACGGACCUUCGUAGAUCUUGGUGUGGAGUGGGAUUACAGCAUCGAAGACGACAUUGAGACGCUUCACACUGAUGGGCCCUUGCACGAUCCUGUUAUCAUUCUGAUUAUACCUCAGGAAAAUGACACCCGCUCCAGCCUGACAUACAAGUACAUCAUCCAUGAGGACUCUGUGCUCACCAUCAACAGCAACAACGUCAUCCAGGAUGAGCUAGACACAUUCGAGUGGGCACUGAAGAGCUGGUCUCAGUGCUCCAAGCCCUGUGGUGGAGGUUUCCAGUACACUAAAUAUGGAUGCCGUAGGAAAAGUGAUAAUAAAAUGGUUCAUCGUAGCUUCUGUGAGGCCAGUAAGAAGCCGAAACCUAUUAGACGAAUGUGCAAUAUUCAAGAGUGUACACACCCAUUCUGGGUGGCAGAAGACUGGGAGCACUGCACCAAAACCUGCGGCACUUCCGGCUACCAACUCCGCACCGUGCGCUGCCUUCAGCCACUCCAGGACGGCACCAACCACUCGGUGAACAGCAAGAACUGUGUGGGAGAUCGUCCCGAGAGCCGCCGGCCCUGCAGCAGGGUGCCCUGCCCAGCGCAGUGGAAAGCAGGGCCCUGGAACGAGUGUUCUGUGACAUGUGGCGAAGGCACUGAGGUGAGGCAGGUCCUCUGCAGGGCUGGAGACCGCUGUGAUGGAGAAAAGCCUGCGUCCAUGAGAGCCUGUCAGCUACCACCCUGCAAUGAUGAGCCAUGUUUAGGGGACAAGUCCAUAUUCUGUCAGAUGGAGGUGCUGGCCCGGUACUGCUCCAUACCAGGUUACAACAAAUUAUGCUGUGAGUCAUGCAGCAAGCGAAGUACCCUGUCACCACCAUACCUGCUGGAAACUGCUGAGCCUCAUGACGAUGCCAUCUUUAGCCCCGAUAACCUCCCCAGUACUCUAGUGAUGCCCACAGCUUUGGGUCCUUACUAUCCAGAGAUGCCUGCUGAGAAAAAACCUGUAGGUAGCAUUUCUUCAGGCGGAAGCCCAAAUGCACAUGCUUCUUUCAGGCCAAACAACAAGCCUGAUGGUGCUAACUUUCCCCAGAGCGGGGCUUGGCAGGCCAGAAGUCAGACACUAAGCCUGCUCUCUGUGCCAUCUUCCUCAUCCACCAAGGGUGACCACCUCCACUCAGACUCAGAGGUAGCUGCUGCUCCCUUCCUUGAAGUCAAUGAUUCCAUAGGUGCUUCUCAGACAAGAACCUCAAAGAAAGAUGGAAAGAUUAUUCAUAAGAGACAUCCAAUAAGCUCGCCCACCUUAGAAAGAUGAGAAAAGGAACCUAAAAGACAAGGAAUCAGAAGGAAACCUGGACAACCUCCCUCUCAGCAUGGUGCAUACACCUUGUUUAAAGUGGAAAGUGUAAUAGAUCAUCAACUCCCUUUAUCUGUCAGUGGAAGAACAAAAAGUGCGGGUUCACUUUCUCAUUGCUUUCAUCCUCCUUCUCUUCUACACAGACUCACCUGCCAGUAUUCAUUGGAAGAAAGCACGAAAGAUUACUAACAGAAGGAAAGUAAGUGGCUGCACUGGUCACUCUCUAAAGAAGAAAGGGGACUAGAAGGAACUGUGCAUAUGAACUGAUUUUUUUGUUUUAAAAAAGUAAAUAUUAAAGAGAUGCCAACAGUUUACACUUCAAGAAGAAAUUUUGGAAAUGGGGCAAAGGAUUCUUAGACUCAUAUUCUUAUUUAUCUAUAUUAGAAAUGUAUGAGAAUUUGCAGCUGUUGUGUAAAUAUUGUAUAUUGCAGAAAUCCAUAUUAUUUUAAAAGAUGUUCUCAGAAUGAUUGUUUACUAUCUUACAUUUCUGGAUGUUCUAGGUGCCUGUCAUUGAGUAUUGCCUUAUUUGAAUUAUUUGACAUUCUAUAGGUUGGCUUUCAAAGCAGAAUACUACAGAGAAGUUAGAAUUACAGUUACUGAGAAUACAGUGUUCUGUUGUAUGGUUUUUGUUAAAUCAGCAACAUGGUUCCUAAGUUAUAGAAAAAGAAAAAGACAGAGAAGUAGAUCUCAUUGUCCCCAUUGCCCUCCAUCCUUAUAAUUGGAAGUUUAGUACACUUGAGGUCACAGGGAAAGUAAGUGCCUGUGCAAGACAACCCUGAAGUCUCAAUCAAGGUGUUCUGUGUUCUUGUUUUGUUUUUUAAUUUUUCCAUUGGUGAUAUUUGAACAGUAGUACUUGAUGUACUAUAAUAGCCACAGAGGAAACAUGGGGAUAAUUUAUGUAUUGUUAGCUGAGAAAGUUGUCAUCAAACUGGAAUUGACAAGCAAAUAUGGGAGCACUUUAAAAUGGAAGCAGGUUUACAAAAGCAUUUGUCAGUGAUUAUUUAUUUUCUGCAUGGUUCAUAUCCAAAUGUUCACAACCACAAUGCAUCUGACUACAAUAAUGUGCUAGUAACUUAUGUCAGUGGUCACCUUGCUCACAGCAAAACCAGAAAUGCUCUCUCCAGGGAGUAGAUGUAAAGUACUUGUAUAUAGAAUUCAGAACUGAAACUAUUUAUUAAAAGUUGAUUUUUUCCUUGAUAGUAUUUUUAUGUGCUAACUAUUUACACUAAUAUCAUGACAUAUUUUGGUAAACUAGAGAGACAUAAUUAGAGGUAUGUGCUUCAUUCAGUGCAUUGAGGAGAAAUUUAAGCAAACCACCCCAGCCAAUUCAAAGAGCCAAUUCAAAGAACAAAUUUUAUAUUAUGUAGAUAUUUAGCAGUUUUAAAGUAGUUGAUAUAAACUUAAUGACUUGUUCCCUUUUAAGGAAACAUAAAAUAGGAACUUAAUUAGCUGUUUAAUGAAGUAGUAAAGUCGAAACACUUUUAAAAGUAUGUGAGAGCAGUGCUUCCUGAAUUUUACUUAAAGAAACAUUAAGUGUUGUUAGCUUAGUGUUUUUUGAAGUCAGUACCUGAACUCUGCAAACAUAUUAUGGAAACUAAAAUAUAGUUGUGUUGAAGCUCCCAAAGCAGAGAAUAUACAAGAAUUUUUGGAUUUUUAACUUUUACAAAGUAGUGACCUAAGCCAUUGACUCUAUGCCUCCAAAGAAUUGCUGCUACAUGUGCAAGAAUUUAUAAGGUCAAAAAAUGUGUAAAUUCCAUAUAGUAAAAUAUCUCUGAGACUUAAAAUUUCCCUAGAAUGAAAUUCUCUCUAGUUUACUUGCAUGUGUGUAUGUCUGGUACACAAGGGUAUUAUAAAGAUGAACACACACACACACCUGCCUCCCGUUAAGAUGUACAUAGUCAUUACACUCUGACCUUUGAGCUUUCUUUUCUACUAAGCUAAAAAUUAGUUUUUAUCAAAGUGUACACUACUGAUGCUGUUUGUUGUAUUGGGAACACAUAGUAAUAAAAAUGUUAACAAAAUAUA